ACAGCCCGGCGUAGACAGCCGCGUGUCCACAGUGCGAGGCCUCUUCAGCUGCUGCGCUAUCACGCGCGUGAUCGCGGGGCGACUCCGCUCGGUGCUGCACUCGCCACCUGCUCGAUCUGUGCUCGCUGCCCACUCCCCCCGUCUCUGGCUGCCCACUGCCCCGUCUCUCGCUGCGCCUCCCCCCUCGUCACCGACCCACAGGACCGAUGCUCGCCACGCCGCGACCUCUGCUUCUCCCCUCUCUGCUCGCGAUGCUGGGUUCGCAGGGGGUCGACGCGGCCGGAAGUGGGACCCAGGGUCCCCUCGGUUCUCUCGGACCCUUGGGCCCCCCCCCGGCGCCCCCGGGGCGUGAGAGGGAACCCCUUCCCACGGACCCCGCGCCGCCCGCGCUCUUCACGAUAGGCGAGGGGGUCUCGUGCCCCGAGGUGGCGCCCCCCUUGGGGGGCUGGCUCUCCCUGGAGUCGCGGAACGAGUCGCUGGUGGGGGUCGGCGCUGCGGGGGGGGCGCUGGCCCCGGGAGCGGUGCUGCUGUUCGCGUGCCGCGCGGGGUACCGCCUCGCGGGGGGGGCGCGCAUCACGUGCUCCCUGCGGGACGGGACCCCCACGUGGAGCGACCCCCCGCCCGUCUGCCAGGAGGACGAGAUGGGGUACCGCGUGGCGGUGCUGGCCUCCGUGGUGAGCGGCGCCCUCAUCCUCGUCCUCUCCACCGCCUUCGUAUCCUGCUGCCUGCGCAGCCGUCGCCUGCAACGUCAGCAGCAGCGGCAGCUGCAGCAGCAGCGGCGGCACGGGGGGGGUCACGGAGAAGGGCACGAGGGGGGUCACGGAGAGGGGCACGAGGGGGGUCACGGAGGGGGUCAUGGAGAGGAUCACGGAGGGGGGCACCCGGUGGAGCACCCGGAGGAGCGGGAGUGGUCCGGGCACCACGGCGUUCGCAGAGGUCGAGCCGGAAUCGAUCCCCGGAGUAUGGAGUUCGUGGAGGAGCGAGAGGUGGGAGGGCGCACGGGAAGGGAGCGCGCGCGGGGGCGCGGGUACGACAACGUCGGCUUCCACGGGCCGGACGACGCGCUGCCCACCCUCUGCUCGGCCGGCUACCAGAUCUUCCCCUUCGCCCCGGGGCAGCCUGCCCCCGCGGGGCUGCCCCCGGGCUGCAUCCCCAUCGCCGUGCUCGCGUUGCCGCUGCCCGACCUGCCCCGGCACGCUGCCCCGCCUCCCCCGGGGCCCCCCGGGCGCGCGUCUUACCCCCAGCAGGCGGGGAAGUCGCGUGCCUCGCGGAAGUGCGCCCGGUAGAA